AUGGAGCAGGGAUACACAGAUAAGGUGGCAAAUCUCUCAGUGAGCCUGCAUGCUUUCUCCCUCCUCUCUCUCUCCCUCUGAUGCACUCUCUCUCUAUCUCUUUCGAUCUUGCUCUCUCAUACCACCCCUUUUGAUCUCUCUCUUUCUCUCUCUCACUCUCUCUCUCUCUUUCUCUCUCGCUCAACCUGUUUCUCUCUUUCUCUCCAUCCCUCUCGCUCCCUUCCAUCUCCUUCCCCUUAUUUUUCUCUCUCUCCUUUUUCUUGUCUCUUAUGCGAGAAGAUGAGGAGUCCUAUAAUUGACUGUGAUCUGCCCCCCCAUUAGAAUCAAUGGCAUUCGUUCCUUUAAUUACAUUCCGUUUUUUCUCUCUGCUCUCUUUUUUCCCGACCCACAGGAUCGUUCAGUACCAGUGAAUGAAAAGGAAAUUAAUUAGAUGUCAUUUUUUUAUUGCGUUCACAGGUCUUUUGUGUGGCCUCUAGAGCAUGGCUGACAUGCCACAUUGUCACAGUGAUGAACUGACCUUUAACUAGCCUUAAAGUCAUGGACUGUUCUCUCUGCUACCGCUUGGCAAGCGGUACCGACAAACCAAGUCAGGAACCAACAAGACCCUGAACAACUUCUACCCCCAAGCCAUAAGACUGCGAAAUAGUUAGUUAAUUUACUCAUCACAUACACUGCUGCUACUGUUUACUCUCUGUCACUUUAUUCCUAGUUAUAUGUUCAUAUCUACCUCAAUUACCUCGUACCCCUGCACAUCGAUUCGGUACUGGUACCCUGUGUAUAUUGUCAAGUUAUCAUUACUCAUUGUGCAUUUAUUAUUACUUUUGUUAUUAAUUGUUUUAAUUUUCUAUUAUUUCUCUAUUUUCUUUGUCUCUGAAUUAUUGGGAAAGGCCCGUAAGUGAGCAAUUAAUUGACUGUUAGUCUACACUUGUUGUUUACGAAGCAUGUGACGAAUAACAUUUGAUUUGAAAUUGCUGAGAGAGAGAGGCUGGAGAGGGAGGAAGGGUGCUCUGCUCUGCCUUACUUCACCCCCAGUCAGCGUGACUCAGAGUGGGCCUGCAGAAGCACCCGCAACCCACUGCCCAGGCCUCAGGGCUACUCUAUGGUUCAUUUUAACGGACUACUUCUGCAGGAAAAGAUGAGUGAAGAGGGUCCAGGCUUAGCUGCUAAAUCAACAGAUCCCAGAACAUCCAGGGCUCAGGGUUCACUGUAGUUCCUUUCUAACCUUAUAAUAUAUCCUCCUUCAUUUCCUGUUCACUCCUAUAGAAGAGAAAGAAAAACACUGAGACCAAAACUAUUCUAGGAAAUGUCCCUACAACAUUCCCACCUUUGUUUUCAAAGCUUCAGAUUUUAAGGCUACUAUCACGUUCGUCGAACAGAGAUGAGGACCGGGGGCAGCGUUGCAGGCAAACAUACUCUUUAUUAGAGACACGAUCAAAAACCACAAAACGAAAACGUGACAGUUCACGGUCUAACACAACAGACUCGAAACAAGAUCCCACAAACUCUGUGGGGAAACAGGCUGCUAAAGUAUGGUUCUCAAUCAGAGACAACAAGCAACAGCUGAAUCCCGUUGCCUCUGAUUGCAGGGGCGGUGUGUUCAAUAGGGCGAUAUGGGCGACGCACUGCCAAACGGGAAAAGGAAGGGAUUUUUUUUCUAAUCAAUUAUAUCACGGCAACAGUAGUUAUCAGUGUUGUAAUCUAGACGUCUGAUCUGCCACAGUGCCACUAAAUGUCCAAUCAGGCUAAAGUCGUGCUUCAAAUGCCCCCCCCCCCCUUUUGGGGCGAUUUCAGUCAGGUUGAAAAUCGCCCAGAAGUCUGUCAUAGACUCCCAUGUAAAAUCUAUUUUUUUCAAAUAUCAGAGCUUUCAAUACAAUCUCUAUGGGUUUCUGAGGGCUUGCACUUACGCGCUUUCGUCAUACGUAACAUAACCAUGAACGUAACUAAGAAAAGAGCGGGUAGCCUCAUCAAUCAAUUCACUACUACUAUCAAAAUGGCUAGGCUUCAGUGCAACUCGAUUGUGUCUUUGAAAGAAGUUCCUUUUUGUCGGCGAACAAAUGAAGAUAAAUUGGCAACGAAACAAUUAGGACCUCCCAGACCAAAUUUAAUAAUUCAACAGGUUUCUACUAAAGGGGGGAAGUCCUACACCCGAGGAUUUUCCAAAAAUUGGUACGAACGAAAAACCUGGCUAGCAGGCUGCGAUGUAGCUAAUGCAGUCUUCUGCUACCCCCUGCUUACUCUUUCACCCUGAAGGCGGCACGGCAGACAGCACCGCUUGGACAGCGACUGGUGUGUAACGGACAUGCACCAUCUUUCAGGAAAGAUUAAGAAACAUGAGCUGUCAAAGACCCACAUGGAUAGCUGUUUGAGAUUGUCUGCUUUGGGGAGAGUGAACAUUCCCACUCAACUGGAUGAGGGAUACAGGCUAGCUGUCCGCCGCCACAACGAUGAGGUUAGUGUUGAUAAUCACAAGUUUACUGGAGAACUGAAACUGACAAGGCUGACAAGAUAGGACCCUUUUGUCCAUUGUUAUUGGAUAGGAACAUAACUUAUAACCAGCUCCUGACCUAAAUAGAUCUUAGCACAACAUUUUACUCAACAUAUCAUAUUCCAUAUUCACUAUAACAAAUAUAUUUACUACGACAUUAGCAAGAACCGCCACAUCCUCAGCCGGCUAAUCCAGUGUGUGAAGUUUUGCGGAGUGUUUGAGUUAGCUUUGCGAGGCAAAGAUGAAACUGAGGGCUCCACCAACCCUGGUAAGCCAACACUUUUGAGAUCAGUCAAUAAAUGCUUCUGGUAUUGACUUAUAUGCUGCCCCUGUCUUCAUGUUGUUGCUGGACAUAUCUUUUUUAAAAUGUGUGUAGGUCACCUAAAUCAUCAGAAAAAUUGCCCCCCCUGAGAAUUUUUUCAGGAGCCGCCACUGUCUGAUUGAGAACCACACUGGCCAACAUAGAACAACAAUACUAGAAAGUGAAACCUAGAACAAAACACAUAGACUUUACACACCCUGGCUCAACAUAUUAGAGUCCCCAGAGCCAGGGCGUGACAGUACCCCCCCCUAAAGGCGCGGACUCCGACCGCGCCCACCAAAUACCACAGGGGAGGGACCGGGUGGGCACUCCGCUUAGGCGGCGGAUCCGGCUCCGGGCCUGAUCCCCGCUCCCUCUCCAACCCCCCAAAGUACCCCUGGUCCGGUCUGGCCCCGCUGGCCGGAGCUGGACUGCACACUGGUGGAGCGGAUUGCUCUAGCUCCGGCGUGAAGCAUCUGACCGGUGCCGGACCAGCCACCGGUGGAACAGGCACGGGCCAUGCCGGACUGACGACGCACACCACUGGCUUGGUGUGGGGAGCAGGAGCGGGCCGAGCCGGGCUGACAAAACGCACCACUGACUUGGUGCGGGGAGCAGGAGCGGGCCGGACCGGGCUGACGAAGCGCACCACUGACUUGGUGCGGGGAGCAGGAACGGGCCGUGCCGGGCUGACGAAGCGCACCACUGACUUGGUGCGGGGAGCAGGAACGGGCCGAGCUGGGCUGACGAAGCGCACCACUGACUUGGUGCGGGGAGCAGGAACGGGCCGAGCUGGGCUGACGAAACGCACCACUGACUUGGUGCGGGGAGCAGGAAUGGGCCGGACAGGGCUGACGAAACGCACCACUGACUUGGUGCGAGUGGCAGGAACAGGCCGGACCGUACUGGGAACACACACCACUGGCCCUACGUGGGGAUCAGGAACAGGCCGGACCGGACUGGCAACACACGCCAGUACCUCUCGCCGUGCCUCUACAUCCUCCUUCCCCCUGGUGACCAGUGACUCCCGUAACCUGGCGGCCUCCUGCUGCCCCGUCGUCCACGGCGUUAGCCCCCCCCUAAAAAAUGUAUGGGCUUCACUCCUACCCGUGGACCAGGUCUCCAUGCUUCUCGCCAGCCUUUCGCCCUUCUGCCUCCACGUCAAGCCCCUCUCUUCCUCACAUGGCUUGACCCAGUCGAGGAGGCGAAGGAGAUCCGCUAGAGAUCUCUCAGGCGAUGGCUCCUGGACUUGCUGCUUGGUCCAGUCUUGGUGGGAUCUUCUAUCACGUUCGUCGAACAGAGAUGAGGACCAAGGCGCAGCGUUGCAGGCAAACAUACUCUUUAUUAGAGACACGAUCAAAAACCACAAAACGAAAACGUGACAGUUCACGGUCUAACACAACAGACUCGAAACAAGAUCCCACAAACUCUGUGGGGAAACAGGCUGCUAAAGUAUGGUUCUCAAUCAGAGACAACAAGCAACAGCUGAAUCCCGUUGCCUCUGAUUGAGAACCACACUGGCCAACAUAGAACAACAAUACUAGAAAGUGAAACCUAGAACAAAACACAUAGACUUUACACACCCUGGCUCAACAUAUUAGAGUCCCCAGAGCCAGGGCGUGACAGCUACCAAUACUUAAGGUUGAGUGAUUGAAAUGGUGUAGUGUCAUUUAUGAUAACGCUCAAUAACAUUGAAUUGAUAUAUGUACUAUUUGGUCUAUUAUGUUGUAAUAACAUUUAAAGAAGCCACGCAGCUCCAUAAUAUACAACUAAUCCCUCCACACAAAUAUGUGCUUUUCUAUUCCCAGAAUCACCCAAGGGUGGAAAAUCCCCUUCAUUCAUUCCUGAGGGAAAGCUAGAGUGGAUCACUUCGAAUUGAAUUGAAUUCAUAAAAUUGUGAUAAAAAAAAAAUGCUCUACCUACCAUGUUUCUUUUUUAAGAGUAAGUGGGUUGAGUGGGGGUUCGAGAAAGGUAAAACCAUACUUACUCUCCAUAUUUAGAAUGUCAACAGACCAUACAAUUAUCUCUGUCGGUCUCUUGGCCACAUGGCAGUGAGUGAGGCCGUUUGCCUGCUGUAAAGCGUGUACAGAGAACUAUAAAUAUUUCAUAAGUCUUAAAAUGGGAAUCGCAUUCUGUCUGCUUUAUUAGCAUUUUAAUCCGUCGGUAGACUCGCCGCAUGCUUUUCCUUUCCCUGCCUGAUGGGCCCGCUCCCUGUAUAAAGACUUCACAGCCAUUAUUCCCCACGUUUCUAAACCUCUCUACCCUCCAUCUUAGGGAUGCCAUAGAGGAGAAAUAUUGAAAAGAGGGGAACGAGAAAGAGUGGGUGCUUACACACAAUGAUUGGACGAUAAAUAGUUGAGGAACACAGGUCCAAGUAUACUGUGUUUUCUCUGUGUGUUCCCAUAAAUCGCCCCAAAGCCCCAAAAAACAACAACAACCUGCAUUAAAAACAGGUCAGGUUUAAUCGUGUUGUGUUUUCACAUUUAUUAGUAUCAGCCUGCGUCGUGACAGCGCUCUCUGUUCUACCAUUAAUCUACACCAGUAAACAUGUUUGCCUGAUUCGUCAUUACCAAACAAAUUGUGUGGAAUAAGAAACACUCACCUUGUAACAGAGUGUUUACAUGUUCUUCUUCUGAAGUAAUGGCUUACUUCAAAGGGUGAGGCUGUUGUCAAGUUUGUAAAGCUCUUUUCCCCCCUCCUUUUCAAUAUCCACACAGAAGAUGAAAGCCGCUCUAUGAAUUCAAAUGUAAUUUGUUCAGUCAUGCAUAAAACGUUUUCUCUCUCUAUCUCCUUCCCUCUCUCUCUCCCCCCUCUCUCUCUCUCCUCUGUCUCCCUCCCCCACUCUCCCUCCCCCUCUCUCUAUGUCUCUCUCUCUUCCUCUCUCGCUGCCCCCCUCUCGCUCUCACCCUCUCUCUCUCUUGCCCGGGUGAAGCUGGAAAGCAGUGUAGCAAAUUGGAAGUACAGCGUUGAAUGACAAUGAGAGAAACGGAAUAAAAAAAUACAUAUUGGGGGCAGAGAGAACUUAAGCAAUCAAAUUAAAAAGUUAUUACGUUUGGAAUGAGGCACACUGCUCUCUCCUGUCACUGUCUCCAUCUGGUAGUCCUCCAAGUCAAGCCUCAGAGAGAGAGAGAGAGAGAGAGAGUGAGAGAGAGGAGGGGGGGGGGGAGAGAAGGUGAGAGAAGGAGAGAGAGAGAGAAUGUGUGUGUGUCAGAGUGAGAAAGAGAAAGCGAGAGGGAGUCUCAGAGGGAAAGAGAGAGAGAGAGACAGACAGAGAGACAGACAAAGAGAGGGAGAGAUGUGGGGCUCUUGUACAAGAUGAUGUAAGUUAUGGGCCUCAGGCUACUAGCUGAUGUAAGUUAGGGGCCUCAGGCUACUAGCUGAUGUAAGUUAGGGGCCUCUGACUUUUGGACUAAUAUCAAACUGUUUGGCCAGACUUUGCUCAGAGUCUGGCUAUUACCCAGGAUGGAGAUGCUAGAAUAGUACUCCUCUCCUCACACAGUGGCUGGGCUGUAGAGUGGUCCACAUGGUUUUACUCUGGCUGGGGGAGUUAAAAUCAAAUCAAAUCAAAUGUUAUUUGCCACAUGUGCCGAAUACAACAGGUGUAGACAUUACAGUGAAAUGGUUACUUACAAACCCUUAACCAACAAUGCAGUUUGUUAAGCAAAAAAUAGAUAAGCAAAAAAUAAAAAUAGCAAAUAAUUAAAGAGCAGCAAAAAUAAAAUAACAGUAGGGAGGCUAUAUACAGGGGGUACCGGUACAGGGUACAGAGUCAAUGUGCGGGGGCACCGGUUAGUCGAGGUAAUUGAGGUAAUAUGUACAUGUGGGUAGAGUUAAAGUGACUAUGCAUAGAUAAUAAACAGAGAGUAGCAGCAGCGUAAAAGAGGGGGUGGGGGGAGACUAUGCAAAUAGUCCGGGUAGCCAUUUGAUUAGCUGUUCAGGAGUCUUAUGGCUUGGGGGUAGAAGCUGUUAAGAAGCCUUUUGGACCUAGACUUGGCGCUCCGGUACCGCUUGCCAUGCGGUAGCAGAGAGAACAGUCUUUGACUAGGGUGGCUGGAGUCUUUUAUCAUUUGUAGGGUCUUCCUCUGACACCGCCUGGUAUAGAGGUCCUGGAAGGUAGGAAGCUUGGCCCCAGUGAUGUACUGGGCCGUACGCACUACCCUCUGUAGUGCCUUGCGGUCGGAGGUCGAGCAGUUGCCACACCAGGUGGUGAUGCAACCAGUCAGGAUGCUCUCGAUGGUGCAGCUGUAGAACGUUUUGAGGAUCUGAGGACCCAUGCCAAAUCUUUUCAGUCCCCUGAGGGGGAAUAGGCUUUGUCGUGCCCUCUUCACGACUGUCUUUGUGUGUUUGGACCAUGAUAGUUUGUUGGUGAUGUGGACACCAAGGAACUUGAAGCUCUCAACCUGUUCCACUACAGCCCCAUCGAUAACAUAGAUAGAUAAUUGUGCCAAACUAAGCUUUGUCGAACAAUAGCCUUGCUUCUCUCAACAACGAACAGUAUCAUUUAAUCCUCCCCCACAAUAAGCAUCAUCACAGCAUUGUGAGUCUGAAUAUUGUGAGUCUGAAUUCUACGGGAGAGAACAGAAAAUAACAAGCUUUUUGCUGCGGUUUGCACAAAUAAUAAGCAAUGAGCUGACGACUAAUUAACCUUCCAGAAAUGGCUUCCUUUCAGUGCUGUAAGUGAUAUUUAGGCAUAUGUAUGUGUUGCCUUACACAAUUAGCAUUGUCCAACCGACAAUGACUAAUACUACCAGCAGCAUAUGAUAAUGGUUGGUUGUGAUAAUGAGAUUAUGUGCUGCCACACUGUAUGAGCAUCAUGGAUGGCAACACUGCGGUUAAAUAACGUGUAUACAGUAUGUGUGUGUGUGUGUGUGUGUGUUAAAGUGACUCUUAAAGGUCGACAUGCAUGCUUUCACACACACACAGACACAUACAGAUGUUAUAAACAAUAAAUACGUGAGAAAUUCAUAAAAAACACGGUAUGAUUAACAACUUGUUUAUAAUCCUUCUCAUAGGGACAUGUUCCACGAAUUGUGUGAGGGGUAGGAAUGGGCGGAUUUCUCCAUCCCAUUCUCUGGCCGUUGUGUUGGGCAGUUCAAUGGUGAGAAAUGUCUCAGCAAAAACGUUGUGUUAUCCAGGAGCAUGAGUACAAGACAUCAAUAAGCUGCUCCCAAACAUUUUAAACCUACAUCAGUAAAUGUAGUCUAUCAUAGUUCAUGUUGGAUUCAAUGACAUUAUGAAAGGCUGCUUCGAACAGCUGAAGAUGGAUUUUAAAGAACUGAUUGGAUCUCUGCUUGACACCAACAAAUGCCCCAUGAUAUCUGGCCCUGUGCCCUCCCUAAAUCGCGGCAUUGAACGUUUCAGCAGACUUAGCCCUCUAUAACUGGCUACGUGACUAUUACAGCUCUAUGGGUGUAACAUUUAUUGACCAUUUUAAUACCUUCUGGAAACAAAGCUCGUAUUAUAAGGAGGAUGGGAUCCACCCAAAUCAUUUGGGUUCCUGGAUCCUUUCACAGCAUUAUAAGGGUGUGUUGAGACAAUUACUUAUCAAUGACCCAAGCCCAGCUCAGUUAAUCCCUACCAUUGUGUCGCUGAGUUCUCAUAAUGCUUUAGCAAAUGUACAUUAUCCCAGGGGUGUUGGAAGACACAAUGUAAGUAACCUAAUUGAUGUCCCUCUAACUGCCCUGAAUGCCUCUGUUGAUCCUACAGCUAUUGUAUGCAGUAAUCAUGUGCCUAUGAACCAGAGUUAUACUGUUAGCACUGAGGCGGUGUGCCCUAGUAGGAAGUCCACUGUGUGCAGCUCACCCUGCACUAACAUAAAUAACAUGAGCAUGUCUACUUCUGCUAACCUUCCGAGUAAAGAAAUGAAAACAAUCAAGCAUCCCAGAAAAGUGCUAAAAAUAGUACAAGUUAGCAUAUGUAGCUUAAGAAACAAGGUUCAUUAAAUCAAUAAUUUGCUAGUAACAGAUGACAUUCAUAUUCUAACGAUCUCUGAAACUCACUUAGAUAAUACCUUUGAUGAUACAGGGGUAGCAACACAUGGUUAUAACAUCUACAGAAAAUACAGAAAUGACAAUGGUGGAGGUGUUGCCGUUUAUAAUCAGAACCACAUUCCUGUAAAGCUUAGAGAGGAUCUCAUGUUUAAUACUGUUUAAGUAAUAUGGCUACAGGUUAAUCUGUCUCACCUAAAGCCCAUUAUUGUGGGAAGCUGCUAUAGACCACCAAGUGCUAACAGUCAGUAUCUGGAUAACAUGUGAGAAAUUCUUGAAAAUUUAUGUGAUAUCAACAGAGAGGUAUAUUUUCUGGGUGACCUAAAUAUUGACUGGCUUUCAUCAAGCUGCCCACUCAAGAAAAAGCUUCAAACUGUAACUAGUGCCUGCAACCUGGUUCAGGUUAUCAGUUAACCUACCAGGGUAUUUACAAACAGCACAGGAAUAAAACCAUCAACAUGUAUUGAUCACAGCUUUACUAAUGCUUCAGAAAUUUGCUUUAAAGCAGUAUCCAAAUCCAACGGAUGUAGUGAUCACAAUAUAGUAGUCAUAUCUAGUAAAACCAAAGUUCCAAAGGCUGGGCCUAAUACAGUGUAUAAGUGGUCAUACAAUAAGUUUUGUAGUGAUUCCUAUGUUGUUGAUGUAAAGAAUAUUUGUUGGUCUGUGGUGUGUAAUGAGGAGCAACCAGACGCUGCACUUGACACAUUUAUGAAAUUGCUUAUUUGAGUUACUAAUAAGCAUGCACCCAUGAAGAAAAUGACUGUCAAAACUGAUAAAUCCCCAUAGAUUGAUGAGGAACUGAAAAAGUGUAUAGUUGAGAGGGACGAGGCAAAAGGAAUGGAAAAUAAGUCUGGCUGCACAACCGAUUGGCAAACGUAUUGCAAAUUGAGAAAUCUAAACUGAAUAAACUAAACUGAAUAAAAAGAAGAAGAAACUAUACAAUGAAACAUAGAUAAAUGAUAUAAAGAAUGAUAGUGAAAAGCUAUGGAGCACCUUAAAUGAAAUUUUGGGCAAAAAGGCAAACUCAGCAACAUUAUUCAUUGAAUCAGAUGGCUCAUUCAUCACAAAACCCAGUAAUAUUGCCAAUUACUUUCAUUAUUUUUUCAUUGGAAAGAUGAGCAAACUUAGGCAUGACAUGCGAGCAACAAACGCUGACACUACACAUCCAAGUAUAACUGAUCAAAUUAUGAAAGACAAGCGUUGUAAUUUUCAAUUCCGUAAAAGUGUGUGUGGAAGAGGGGGGAAUUAUUGUUGUCUAUCAACAAUGACAAGCCACAUGGGUCUGAGAAUAGUAAAGCCCCCUUUACUGGCUCAAAUAGCCGACCAAUCAGUAUUUUAACAACCCUUUGUAAACAAAAGAAGCAUAAUGUUUGACCAGAUACAAUGCUAUUUUACAGUAAACAAAUUGACAACCGACUUUCAGCACCCUUAUAGGGAAGGACAUUCAACAAGCACGGCACUUACACAAAUGACUAAUGAUUAGCUGUGCGAAAUUGAUAAUAAAAGAUUGUGGGAGCUGUUUUGUUCGACUUCAGUGCGGCUUUUGACAUUAUCGAUCAUAGUCUGCUGAUGGAAAAACAUAUGUGUUAUGGCUUUACACCCUCUGCUAUAUUGUGGAUAAAGAGUUACCUGUCUAACAGAACACCGAGGGUGUUCUUUAAUGGAAGCCUCUCCAACAUAAUCCAGGUAGAAUCAGGAAAUCCACAGGGCAGCUGUCUAGGCCCCUUACUUUUUUCAAUCUUUACUAAUGACCUGCCACUGGCCUUGAGUUAAGCCAGUGUGUCUAUGUAUGCGGCUGACUCAACACUAUACACUUCAGCUACUACAGCGAGUGAAAUCCCUGCAACACUUAACAAAGAGCUGCGGUUAGUUUCAGAAUGGGUGGCAAGGAAUGUUAGUCCUAAAUAUUUCAAAAACUAAAAGCAUUGUAUUUUGGACAAAUAAUUCACUAAACCCUUAAUGUCAACUAAAUAUUGUAAUUAAUAAUGUGGAAAUUGAGCAAGUUGAGGUGACUAAACUGCUUGGAGUAACCCUGGAUUGUAAACUGUCAUGGUCAAAACAUGUUGAUACAACAGUAGCUAAGAUGGGGAGAAGUCUGUCCAUUAUAAAGCACUACUCUGUCUUUUUAACAACACUAUCAACAAGGCAGGUCCAACAUGCUCUAGUUUUGUCUCACCUGGACUACUGUUCAGUCAUGUGGUCAGGUGCCACAAAGAGGGACCUCAGAAUAUUACAAUUGUCUCAGAACAGGGGAGCACGGCUGGCCCUUAAAUGUACACGGAGAGCUAACAUUAAUAAUAUGCAUGAAAAUCUCUCAUGGCUCAAAGUGGAGGAGAGAUUGUUUUUGUAAGAAGUGUUGACUUGCUGAAUGCACCGAGGUGUCUGUUUUAAGCACUAGCACACAGCUCGGACACCCAAGCAUACACCACAACACAUACCACCAAAGGUCUCUUCACAAUCCCCAAGUCAAGAAUAGACUAUGUGAGGCACAGAGUACUACAUAGAGCCAUGGCUACAUGGAACUCUACUCCACAUCAGGUAACUGAUGCAAGCAAUAUAAUCAGAUUUUAAAAAACAGAUACAAAUACACCUUAUGGAACAGCGGGGACUGUGAAGAGACACACACAGGCACAGACACACAUACACAUGAUAAGACACGCACUCUACACACACACGUGUAUUGUAAAUAUGUGUUGUGAAAAGUGUUAUGAAAUGUAAUGUCAUGUAAUAUUUUAAAUUGUUUAUAACUGCCUUAAUGUUGCUGGACCCCAAGAAGAGUAGCUGCUGCCUUGGCAGUAGCUAAUGGGGAUCCUUAAUAAAUACAAAUACCUGUUCUGUUUUUAAUGAUACAAAAACCAACAAUUGUGAAGAAAAUAGAUGAUCUCUGUGACACCUUAAAACAUUAUUAUUUCCUUAGUACUCCCAUGAUAUGGACACGGCUAAGAGCUAUAAACAUUAGCAUAACCCCUUGUGUGAAGCUUCUUCAUAAAACUACAUCCUGUCAUUGUCUGACUCAGCAGAUUUUAGACAAACAGAGAGAGAUAGAAAGAAAGAGAGCGAUAAAUAGAGAGAGAGAGAGCGAAAGAGAGAGAGAGAGCGCGAAAGAGAGAGAGAGAGAGAGCGAAAGAGAGAGAGAGAGAGAGAGACAGUGAGAGAGAGAGAAACAAGCAUCAAUAAGACAUUGGGAGGCUUGGGAGGGUUGAAUCAUCCUGAGUUGGCUGUUUUAAAUCUAUGCCGAGGAAGACUCCAGGAUAUAGUUGAUCAAAGAGUAUCUCCUCUCACUUACUUCUGUUCUUUAACUUUCGCCUCUGGAGACAUGAGGAUAUUUAUAACAGACAGUAAUGGUGGAUGGAUUGCUGAUCACCUGCUUUUGGCUAUUGAUCAUUGAUCAGAAUGAAUCACAUGUCAGGAAGUGACUGCAGUAAGAUGUCAUCAUCGUAGAUUGGUUGCCGAAGCUGGUAGCUUAUCAUCGACCAAUCAGAUUCCUCAGUUUGGCAGCACUGCAUUCAUUCGUCUCUAUGAUACAGCACUAUGUUGUUCUCAGAAUUCUGAGCCAGACCCCAGCAAGGUGAGGGGAAAAGUUUUUUGAGACUAACUUCAAACUGAUGUAUCUCCCAAACUCUUGGCUCUUGGCCUCUAACCCUGCUGUUGUUGUUGAGUUGUGGAGCAAAACAAGAGGGAGGGAGAAAAUGUAUGGAGGAGAAGUUAUCUGUUUUGUUUCUCGUCAUUCCCUUCCUGCCCUGAAUUGGAAUAAGCUCUCCCCUGUAUUCGUUCACUGCCCUAUUCAAAUUCCUUCUUCAAGCCUGGUUUGAAGACACUCGCUCCACUGGCAUAAAUCCUCAUCUUCCCCUCCUCCUCUCCUCCCCUCCUGAUUUCCCCCUUUCUUAUUUCAAUAUGCUACCUCGCAGCCAGCAUCCCCCCGUUGACGAUGGUACCGGGAGUUGCGGGCAGGUGGAAGUGCGUAAAGGAUGAACGUGCGCUUCCACCGGCAGCCCCUGGGCACUGGGGUCAUUCGGCAGCGUCCAAACCCCAUUAGCAGGAGCAGAGCCAUGUCAAGCAGGGCCGAAGUCGAUAAGCAGGCCCCAAAACAGUAGCUUGCCAGCUCCACUCUGCUCUGCACCGUGCUGCUGUGAAACAGGCAGCUCACAAACACAACACACACCCUCCUCAAGGGCUCCCUGAGGAAAGUGCCACCAGCCAGAGAGAGAGAGAGAGAGAGAGAGAGAGAGAGAGAGAGAGAGAGAGAGAGAGAGAGAGAGAGAGAGAGAGAGAGAGAGAGAGAUAGAGAGAGAGAGAGAGAGAGAGAGAGAGAGAGACAGAGUGAGAGAAAGAGUGAGAGACAGAGAGAGACAGAGAGAGACAGAGAGAGACAGAGAGACAGACGGAGAGAUAGAGACAGAGAGACAGAGCGAGACAGAGAGAGACGGAGAGACGGUGACAGAGAGACAGACGGAGAGACAGAGAGACAGACGGAGAGACAGAGAGAGAGACAGAGACAGAGAGACAGACGGAGAGACAGAGAGAAAGACAGACAGAGAGAGAGACAGAGACAGAGACAGACGGAGAGACCGAGAGAAAGACAGAGAUACAGAGAGAGAGACAGACGGAGAGACAGAGAGAGAGAUAGAGAGACAGACGGAGAGACAGAGAGCUAAUAAAGUAGCAAGAGAGUGAGAAUAAAGGAUACUUACUGAUCAGCACAUUAGCUUUCCAAAGGACGUUGUCCACAUAUUACAAAUGAUCAAUUUCUAUGAUUGUUUUGGUCUAAUUCUCAGCUACUUUCCCUGUUAUGUUGACCUGGUUUUGAACAUGUGAUCCAGCUCCAGGCAGUAGUACCCAUCCAUAGUGUUACCGCAUGUCUGACCCAGGUCUAACCCAGGUCUGGCCCUGUUGACCCACAUAAGUCACCAAGGUCCAGGAGUCGUAAUGUUUCUGCCCCUUUAACGGUUAAACGGUUCCUGGAACAAAUGUGUUCUAGAUUCCCGCCACAUGUUCCAAACAGGCUCCAUGACCCUUUGACUCUCCACUAGUGAUGCGCGGGUUGACUCAUAACCCGCAGUCCCCACGGUUAUAUCCGUGGGUUGGACGGGUUUGGGGUCAAUAAAUAUUGUGUGGCUGAAGGGUGGGUGGGUGGCAAGAAACAUUACCUUAAAAAAUCCAUAAAUGUAUAAUUGUUGUGCAAUUUAUAUAGUCUACAUUGAGGUUUUUCUUUCAUUAUUUUAGGCUAUCUGGUAUUAGUGCAUAAGCCUAAGAUUUAGGGCUUAACUGUAAGCGAGCCAAAUUGCCUACACAGCCAAUCACCAAAUAAUGCUUUUGGGAACGGGCAGAAAAAGGUUAACAUCAAUCAAAGGAGGCAAAAAGGUCAUUGAUGAAGUUUAAUUAAAUAAGACAAAAACUGCGAAAGGAGAGUUGAAAAUAAAGAGAAGGGAUGGAAAGAAAAGUAAUGUUUUGAAAAGAUUUGGUGAAGUGGUAAAAGAGGAUGAUGGCAGUGCCAGCUACGUUAUGUGUGAUGAGGCGCUAUACAAAUUCAACAGUCACAAGACUGGACUUCAAAUAGGCCUAUGGCAUGUCAAGGGAACUGUAGCCUACUGUUUAGAUGGGUUAAAUGGAAACUGAAAUUUGGACAUUGACUAACCGGAAUAACCUACUGUUUUUUGGCAAACUCCAAAGUCCUCUGAUAAUACUAGUCCUGUGCGAAUCAACAUCCCUGUGUCUUGAAUGAAAUGUCUGUGUUUUCCAGGUGUUGCUCCCGGUUUGAGCAAGAAAACAAUAACUGAUUUGAUAAAUUGAAAAAAGUGCUGCACAUAGCCUAUAUAUGAAGGGCCUACAUGUAUCAACUUUCACAGUUAAUGCUUUUGUUUAUAAGUUUUGUGCGAAUGAAUUGAACAUCGGCAAAUACAUCAUAAAAAAAAAAAUUGCGCCUAUUUAAUGAAACACUUGCUGUUAAUAGAUCGCAAAGCAGCAUACAACUGAGCUAAACGUUUGGAACAAGUUCACUUUCUCAUCCAUAGACUAAUAGCGCAUAUCAAGCACAAGUUAGCUGUUUAGCUCACAUCUGAAGGCUGGGGGGCAUUUAGGACGCCUUCUACUGCGGAUCGCUAAAAUAUUCUAAUGAUUAUGAUCACACAUAUUCAAUUCAAAUAUUAUGGCGACACUAUACGAAAGAUGGUUUGAUAUGGUUUAGAAACUUGCGAACCAAGAUCGAGUUAUCAGUGUAGACUGUUAUAGCCUGGACUUGUUGAAAUAUCUUCACACCUAGAAAAAAACUUCCAGGCUUCAUAAGUGUCGAUUUAUAAAUGAAAAAAAGAAAGAAAGAAUUACAGGUGGCAGUUUGGAAAAAAUGUAUCCCGCCCGAAUCGUCCUCUGGAAUAACGGACAUUCUGGGGUAAUAAAUACAUAACCAACGCUCUCUAGUAAUACUAGUCCCGUGCGAAAAGGGCUAAAGCCUUAAUAAUAACUCCUGCAGAAUUAAGCAUUUUUUGCAGUAAAAGUAUACACCAAAGCUAAAUUUGGACUUGGGAAAAGGAGUGGAGAAAUAUUAUUUCUUUCUUUCUGCAUCUUGAGAGAAUGCAAUGCUCUGUAACGUAGACGCUGGGAGUCGAGAAGCAGGUGGUAAGUUUAAUGUAACAAAGAACAUGGAACAAUACAACAUAGGAGUAGCGUCUUGACAUGAAACACAGAAACAAUACCGCCUGGGGAAGGAACCUAAGGGAGUGCCAGAUAAAGGGGAGGUAAUGAGUGAGGUAAUGGAGUCCAGGUGUGCCUCAUGAUGAAGCGCAGGUGCGCGUAAUGAUUGAUGCCAGGUGCGCGUAAUGAUGGUUACCAGGACCGGUGGUUAGUAAACCGGUGACGUCGAACGCCGGAGGGGAGGAGCGGGAGUAGACGUGACAUACUCAGUUAGAUAAGAUCUGUAGAGGCGCUGUCUUCAUCAUAAAAGCAUAAUAAAAGCCAAUAGUAUUUCAGCCACACAAAAUAUGCAUCAAAGCCAAACUGAAAUCUUAUCAGAAACACAUUUGUUCGUUUUCACAGCUUUGUUUUUCCUUACAACCAGUCAAACUGACAUUUUGCACAGAAAAUAUUUCCCGUUUUUUUUUAGCGUAAUUGUAUUUUCUCCCCAGUCCCUAAACAUCUUUGCUCCGCGAAAGAUGACAAAGAAAACUUUACUGAUAUCAACUAGAUUGAAGCGUUCAUUCUAUCGAUGUAUUAUAUUAUUUUGUUUAUUUAGUCUUCUAAGGCAACAUAUAAUGACAAAAGAGAAGCUACAUGUAUCUAAUUAUAGACAAGUUGACUAACAAAUAGCCUACCAAAAUGUCAGAAAUUAUCAGCAGAAACAUAUCUAAUACAGGCAAAACAACCCCCUGUCAAAAAAUUGUUCUGCCUAUAUCGCAUUUUCUAUAUUUGCGGGUUAGGGUUGGGUGCGGGUCUCAGAUUUUCACUUUAUCACAUAUAGUCAGGCGGUUGUGGAUGGGUUAUUAGCAAUUGCGGGAGGGUGCAGGUGAACAAACAACUGACCCACGCACCACUACUCUCCACCAAUCACAGGGUGUGAACUUAAAGUGGCUGACCUGCUCGCUAACUCACAGGUGGCCUUCCAGAAUCUCCUACUAAUGACACUGAGAAAGACUCAUAGACAGCUUGCUAGGAUAAUAGUAUUCUUCUCUGAGGCAGUGCUAAAUAUAAAGUUUUACUGCAGCAGCAGUGCUUUACAGUGGCUUGCGAAAGUAUUCACCCCCCUUGGCAUUUUUCCUAUUUUGUUGCCUUACAACCUGGAAUUAAAAUGGAUUUUUGGGGGGUAUGUAUCAUUUGAUUUACACAACAUGCUUACCACUUUGAAGAUGCAAAAUAAAAAUUUUUGUGAAACAAACAAGAAAUAAGACAAAAAAAACAGAAAACUUGAGCGUGCAUAACUAUUCACCCCCCCAAAGUCAAUACUUUGUAGAGCCACCUUUUGCAGCAAUUACAGCUGCAAGUCUCUUGGGGUAUCUCUAUAAGCUUGGCACAUCUAGCCACUGGGAUUUUUGCCCAUUCUUCAAGGCAAAACUGCUCCAGCUCCUUCAAGUUGGAUGGGUUCCGCUGGUGUACAGCAAUCUUUAAGUCAUACCACAGAUUCUCAAUUGGUCUGUGCUUUGACUAGGCCAUUCCAAGACAUUUAAAUGUUUCCCCUUAAACCACUCGAGUGUUGCUUUAGCAGUAUGCUUAGGGUCAUUGACCUGCUGGAAGGUGAAUCUCCGUCCCAGUCUCAAAUCUCUGGAAGAUUGAAACAGGUUUCCCUCAAGGAUUUCCCUGUAUUUAGCGGCAUCCAUCAUUCCUUCAAUUCUGACUAGUUUCCCAGUCCCUGCCGAUAAAAAACAUCCCCACAGCAUGAUGCUGCCACCACCAUGCUUCACUGUGGGGAUGGUGUUCUCGGGGUGAUGAGAGGUGUUGGGUUUGCACCAGACAUAGCGUUUUCCUUGAUGGCCAUAAAGCUCCAUUUUAGUCUCAUCUGUCCAGAGUACCUUCUUCCAUAUGUUUGGGGAGUCUCCCAUAUUGCUUUUGGCGAACACCAAACAUGUUUGCUUAUUUUUCUUCUUUAAGCAAUGGCUUUUUUCUGGCCACUCUUCCGUAAAGCCCAGCUCUGUGGAGUGUACGGCUUAAAGUGGUCCUAUGGACAGAUACUCCAAUCUCUGCUGUGGAGCUUUGCAGCUCCUUCAGGGUUAUCUUUGAUCUGUUGUGGUGCCAUAUUCUUUCAAUUGUUUAAUAAUGGAUUUAAUGGUGCUCCGUGGGAUGUUCAAUGUUUCUGAUAUUUUUUUAUAACCCAACCCUGAUCUGUACUUCUCCACAACUUUGUCCCUGACCUGUUUGGAGAGCUCCUUGGUCUUCAUGGUGCCGCUUGCUUGGUGGUGCCCCUUGCUUAGUGGUGUUGCAGACUCUGGGGCCUUUCAGAACAGGUGUAUAUAUACUGUGAUCAUGUGACACUUAGAUUGCACACAGGUGGACUUUAUUUAACUAAUUAUGUGACUUCUGGAGGUAAUUGGUUCCACCAGAUCUUAUUUAGGGGCUUCAUAGCAAAGGGGGUGAAUACAUAUGCACGCACCACUUUUCCGUUAUUUAUUUUUUUGAGUUUUUUGAAAGAAGUUAUUUUUUUCAUUUCACUUCACCAAUUCGGCUAUUUUGUUUAUGUCCAUUACAUGAAAUCCAAAUAAAAAUCAAUUUAAAUUACAGGUUGUAAUGCAACAAAAUAGGAAAAACGCCAAGGGGGAUUGUCACGAUCGUUAACGGAAGAUACGGACCAAGGCGCAGCGUGAUAAGCGUACAUUUUUAUUAACGUACUGAACACGACACAAAACAACAAACAAACGAUACGUGAAGUCCUAGGUUACACAAAACAAACCUUUACGGAACAAGAUCCCACACCGACUAGUGCCAAACAGGCUGCCUAAGUAUGGUCCCCAAUCAGAGACAACGAGAUACAGCUGCCUCUGAUUGGGAACCACCCUGCCCAACAUAGUUCUAAACGAUCUAGAACAUCAACAUAGAAAAUAUAACACAGAAACUACACAUCCUGGCUCAAUAUUUCAGAGUCCCCAGAGCCAGGGCGUGACAGUACCCCCCCCCCCCCCCCCCCCCAAAGGCGCGGACUGCGACUGCGACCGCGCCACACAAACACAACAGGGUAGGGGCCGGGUGGGCAUUGCGCCUCGGAGGCGGAUCAGGCUCCGGGCGUGACCACCACUUUCUCUCCACCUCCCCGUUGCGCCCCUGAUCUGGUCUGGCACCGCUGACUGGAGCUGGACCCGACGACGGUGGAUCAAACCGUACAGGAUCCGGACUGGAGGGCUUGGCCGGAGCUGGAAUGGACACCGGUGGAGCGGAUUGCUCUGGCUCCGGAGUGGAUCCGCUGACUGGAGUUGGGCCGGACCCCGGUGGAGCAGAUUGCUCUGGCUCCGGAGUGGAGCAGCUGACCGGUGCCGGACCAGGCACCGGUGGAACAGGCACGGGCCGUGCCGGACUGGACACACGCACCACUGGCUUGGUGCGGGGAGCAGGAACGGGUCGGACCGGGCUGACGACGCGCACCACUGGCUUGGUGCGGGGUGCAGGAACGGGCCGGACCGGGCUGACGACGCGCACCACUGGCUUGGUGCGGGGAGCAGGAACGGGCCGGACCGGGCUGACGACGCGCACCACUGGCUUGGUGCGGGGAGCAGGAACAGGCCGGACCGGGCUGGCGACGCGCACCACUGGCUUGGUGUGAGGGGCAGGAACAGGCCGGACCGGGCUGGCGACGCGCACCACUGGCUUGGUGCGAGGGGCAGGAACAGGCCGGACCAGGCUGGCGACGCGCACCACUGGCUUGGUGCGAGGGGCAGGAACAGGCCGGACCGGGCUGGCGACGCGCACCACUGGCUUGGUGCGGGGAGCAGGACCUGGCCGGACCGGGCUGACGACGCGCACCACUGGCUUGGUGCGAGGGACAGGAACGGGCCGGGCUGGACUGGGAAUAUAAACCACUGGCUUGGUGCGGGGAGCAGGAACGGGCCGGGCCGGACUGGGAACACGCACCACCGGCUUGCUGCGAGGGACAGGAACGGGCUGGGCUGGACUGGGAAUAUGCACCACUGGCUUGGUGCGGGGAGCAGGAACGGGCCGGACCGGGCUGGGAACACGCACCACCGGUUUGGUGCGGGGAGCAGGAACGGGCCGGGCCGAACUGGGAACACGCACCACUGGCUUAGUGCGAGGAGCAGGAACGGGUGGGGCCGUACUGGGAACACGCACCACUAACUUAGUGCGGGGAGCAGGAACGGGCCGGACCGUUUUGCGAACACACACCACUGGCCUUGUGCGGGAAACAGGAAUGGGUCGGGCCGUACUGGGAACACGCACCACUGGCUUAGUGCGGGGAUCAGGAACGGGCCGGACCGGACUGGUGACACACACCACUUGCUUGGUGCGAGGAGCGGGACUGGGUUUCCUUAUAAACCUCCGCUCCUUCUGCUGCCUAACCAGUUCCUCUCGCCGUGCCUCUACACUCUCCCUCUCCCUUAACGCCUCUUGUAGCUCCUCCCUCCGACCAAUUAACUCCUGCUCCCUCUGGACCAAUAGCCCCCGUAACCUGGUGGCCUCCUCUCCUAGUCUGCAGAUUCGCCCUGUAGCUGCCUCCUGCUGCCCCGUCGUCCACGCCGUGUGCCCCCCCAAAAAAAAAUUAUUGGGGUUGCCUCUCGCGUGUCCGUCGUCGGCACGGUUGGCGUCGUUUCUCCUCUCCUGCCUGGGCAUUUACCUUUGCCCAUGGCCCUUUCCCCGCGAAUAUCUCCUCCCAUGACCACCAUUUGCCCACCUGAGACAUCGCUAUCUUCUCCUCCUGGGCACGCUGCUUGGUCCUCUUUUGGUGGGAUCUUCUGUCACGAUCGUUAACGGAAGAUACGGACCAAGGCGCAGCGUGAUAAGCGUACAUUUUUAUUAACGUACUGAACACGACACAAAACAACAAACAAACGAUACGUGAAGUCCUAGGUUACACAAAACAAACCUUUACGGAACAAGAUCCCACACCGACUAGUGCCAAACAGGCUGCCUAAGUAUGGUCCCCAAUCAGAGACAACGAGAUACAGCUGCCUCUGAUUGGGAACCACCCUGGCCAACAAAGAUCUAAACGAUCUAGAACAUCAACAUAGAAAAUAUAACACAGAAACUACACACCCUGGCUCAACAUUUCAGAGUCCCCAGAGCCAGGGCGUGACAGGGAUGAACACUUUUGCAAGGCACUGUAUAUACACAGUGAUAGAUCACACAAACAAGUUGUGAAGCUUUUUGAUGGAGGAAGACUAACUCGAGAGGACAAUUAUAGGUUGCAUUUUACAUUAACUUGUCCAACUAAUAGUUUAAGUUAAUUUAAAUAUAGUGUUUGAAAACAAUAUUGUAGACUUAAUUAGUCUUUACUAUGUUUCCAUCUUGCUAUAGAGAAAAACCCCCUACUUUUCUUUUUCUUGAAGUCAAGAGUUGUUACAUGUUCUCAUAUAUGUAGUCAUAUAGGCUAACUAUAUGAAAUAAGAAGCAACAUCAUACAUGGUGUUACCCAAUUCCCCUAGGCCUUGGUACGGUAUUCUAGCCAGUAGCUCUUGAGACAGGCAGUACAGUACAUGUACCUAACUGUUCCACAUGUUGUUAGUCUGAGGCCUAUCCUCUCCGCUCUCCUCCCGUUCCUCUCAUUCCCCUACUCCCCUACAUCAAACACCCCUCAGGGGAGUGUGUACAGAAAACACAACACAACAAGCCAAGUGAAAGACACAAUGUUUCUAUACUCUAUUUGUUUUAAAGUUGUGAGGAGAGGAGAGAAAUAUUCCCUUUUUCCAUCUGUUCUCCUUCUGUUCUCUCCUCACCUGACCCUGUUUCAUCUUCCUCCCACUCUCUCUCACUUCUGUUUACCUUUAUCCUUUGUCUUUCCCUCUUUCUUCCAUCUCCCCUCCCUUGCUUCGUCUCCACCUCUCACAUUCUAUUCUAUUUAACUGUUCCAAUUCAGCUCAUCCAUGGUGCAUUCAGAUUCAUAUACUAUAGCUGGCAUCAUAUUUGUGUGCUGCUAAAACGUUAUCCAUUAUAAUGAAAGAGUCUGGGAACCCUGGACCAAGUCUCCUCUCUAGUUUAUGUUAUCUCUUUAUCUCUUCUGCUCAUUUCCUCUCUAUGUAUCCUCCUUUUCUUAUUUCAUUCUUCUAUUAUAUCUCUUUCACAGUCACACCCUGCUCUACCCCUCUUUACGUGUCUCUUUCUCUUGACUCCCAUGUACUUUCCAUCUUUCUCUCUCUCCCCCUUUCUCUCCCAUCCUGUUCUUCCUCAACCUUUUGACCAAACCUGAAUCUGUCUUUACCUUUCCUUUUGUUCUCCAACUCAACCCAUCCCUUCCCUCCAACCCCUCCAUCCCCUCCUCCUCAUGUCCCUCUCUUCUCUGUCCCGCUCUGUAGGAGUAGCUGACAGCCACCAUCCCUCCAUCCCCUCCUCCUCAUCCCCCUCUCCUUGUCUCUGUCUCUUCCUUUAGGAGUGGGUGACAGCCACCGACCUACUCAUCUCUCUGGACAGGCUCAACACGUUCGGAGAUGAGUUCUUCAAGGACGCCAAGGUGUUGCGAUCCUACUUCUACGCCAUCUCCGAUUUCUCCGUAGGCGCUAGGUAACACACACCUGACAUCUGAGAGAGAGAGGGAAAGAAGAAGAGAGGGAGAGAAGAAGAGAGGGAGAGAAGAAGAGAGGGAGAGAAGAAGAAAGGGAGAGAAGAAGCGAGGGAGAGAAGAAGAGAGGGAGAGAAGAACAGAGGGAGAGAAGAAGAGAGGGAGAGAAGAAGCGAGGAAGAGAAGAAGAGAGGGAGAGAAGAAGAGAGGGAGAGAAGAAGAGAGGGAGAGAAGAACAGAGGGAGAGAAGAACAGAGGGAGAGAAGAACAGAAGCCUGUUUGCUUUGAUUUAUCUUUGUCUUUGCUCAUUUCUCAGAGAGACUCGAAUAGGAAACAACAACCCAGCUUGGAAUAGUGCCCCAUUUUAUAGAUAAUAAAACAGAUAAUAAAACGCUUCUCCACACUUCCUCCCUCUCUGUAUCCUUUUUACAUAACAAAUAGUCUAACUCAACACAAGCCCUCUAUGGUCCUGGACAGUAGAUUGUAAGACUAAUAAAUAGAACACUCUCCCUCCCCCUGCCUACCAAGUUCCCCCCUAAACAGAACAGAGCCACAUCAUCCUCCUCUGUCCUGUGUCUUUUCUAUCACUGUCCCUGCUCUGUCCCUGGUCCCCAGACCUGGGUUCAAAUACUAUUUGAAAUCAUUCCAAAACGGCAAGCCUGGCACAUCUAGCACUCCGGGUAGACCAGAGCAAACACUCCAAGUAUUUUAACGAUUUCAAAUAGUAUUUGAACACAUGUCUGCUGGUCCCUGGGCUUAUUCCUCACAGUAACGAGAUGGGACAACAGGAAGCGUUCAGCACAGACAGGAUGUCCAUGGGCACAGCACAAUAACAUGAACCUUAUUAAGUAGUUGAGAUGAAGCCUUCACCCACUGCUUCAACAGGAUCUGACACCUGUCAUAAGUGUUUAUGAUCACAGCGAGGGGUGACAAUCUGACAAAUGACCCAACAAUGUCACCAUGACACCUGAGGGAAUGAAGGGGGGCAAGCUGACAACUUGUUGGGCUUGCUUAGUCAGCCUAGCUUGUUGGAUUGGCCAUAGCAGUGCUAGCACUUGUCAGUUGGCCAAUUCCCACACUGAAUAUUAUGAAUGGAGACAAUAAGUGUCAGGGUAUGUCAAUGUGUUGGUUUAAAUUGUCAACUAGUGUAGUAUAGUAACUCAAAAUAGUAAAAAGAAAUGGUCCAGAACUGACGGACUACUGAGCUGCUAUAUGAGCUAUUUUCUGUGCCAUAUUCAUUAUUGCGGUUGUCAAGAUUACCUCAGAGUUUACUACUAGAGACAUCUGAGUUGGUGAUUGGGGGCAAUUUUCACUUUCUUACUAACUACUUCCAUGUCACAACAACAACAACAACAGAAACAGAAAUAACUGAUUCGGAGCCGUUAGCAUAAAGAGCCUGGAUCUGGGACAGCUGGUUAAAUCUGACAGUGACAGGCGCAGUGAUGAGCCCCCCUCUUCCCUCACAGAAAGGCCCUAUACAGAGCCAAUGACAGAGGGUGCAUCCCAAAUGGCGCCCUAUUUCGUGCACUACAUUUUACCAGGGCCGUAAAGAGCUCUAGUCAAAAGUAAUUUACUAUAUAGGGAAUACGGUGUCAGUUGGGACACAACAAGGAGAAUCAGACACUAUCAUCCUCAGCGUGUCACAGUAAAGAUAGGGCCUCAGCUAACAGCUAUUGGCAAUACAUCCUUAAUCCUUAAAUUACUUCUAGUCACAGGAAAUUGUAUUUUCUAGACUGUUUGGAAAGGAUAUGUAUAACUUGAUAUAUAGCACAAUAACUCACAUGCACACGCACACACACACAUACACAAACGCACACAUACACACACACAGUGACUGGUAGCGGAAGUUGUUUAUGCUCAGGGAUAUCUUGUUCAGAUGAGAGUUGGAUAGACAGGGGAGAUGAGCAGAGCAGUGUGAAGGGGACAAAACCCCACGUUGUCCAAGGCGAUGUACUGUAUCUGCCACUGAUAGGUAAUAGGAGGUGAAAAGUGACAGUGAAAAUACUUUCUCAUUUUACAUCUCCUACCUGUCCUAUUCUCUGUUCUCUGUUCAUUUCCUUCUGUGUGUGUGUGUGUGUGUGUGUGUGUGUGUGUGUGUGUGUGUGUGUGUGUGUGUGUGUGUGUGUGUGUGCGUGUGUGUGUGUGUGUGUGUGUGUGUGUGUUCAUGUGCAUAUGAGUGUGUGUCCAUACAAGUGUGUCUCCAUCUUUAUCCCCCAGGUGUAAGUGUAACGGCCAUGGCAGUGAGUGUUUGUUGGAUGACCUGGGGAAUCUGGUGUGUGACUGCCAGCAUCACACUGUCGGGGUGGACUGCCAGAAGUGUCACCCAUUCUAUCAGGACAGGCCUUGGGCCAGGGCCACCGGAGACUCUGCCAACCAGUGUAUGAGUGAGUAA